ACACCAUAAAAUCUUUCAAAUUUGCCUUUUAUCAAACAUCCAGCUACCUUAAAACUGCGGACUUCGCACCUAGGAUUGGGCUGACGACCACAGCAAAUAAGCUAAUCCCAUUCUUCCAUGGCGGCCCAGGCACCUUGUUUUGAUUUAUUUCUACCAUUUUCUUAAUUUUCUUUUGCAUUUACCCGGCAUUUAUUCCUACUUAUAAUGGAUACUCGUCACUGACUCAUCACUGCUACUUUCUCGGGGUUUUGUCCAUAAAAAGCCUUAAACCCUACCUUAACUUAAUACCCAUGUCCCUUUUCCUCUUCUUUUCCUUCUCUUCCUCCGGAUUCUAGCUCCAGACGUGAAAAUUUUUUGAAUUUCAGGGAGUAUUUUGGGGGAAGAAUAGAGCUAUGUCUUGUGUUACUUUAAACCUGGUACCUUCUAUCAAUCUCAAUGGCAGAAACGCCAGUGUCAACUCUGCUCGAUUAUCAAACAGUCUCUCUUGCGUGUUUGGCAACUCUUCUUCUUCGUCUUUCUCCUUUCUGGGAUACUUGAGUUCUAGUGAUAGCAAAAAUCGCUGUGAUUCCCGCCGCGUAAUCAAGGGCUGUAGGUCGUUUUCCUCUGUGUUCAAGUGUGUUUCCCAGAAAUCAGAACCGUCAGUUUCGAUUAAUGCCCGUGGCAACGGUGCUUCUGAAGAGAGGGUGGUUGUGUUAGUUAUUGGUGGUGGAGGAAGAGAACAUGCACUUUGCUAUGCCUUGCAACGAUCACCAUCCUGUGAUGCUGUUUUCUGUGCUCCUGGCAAUGCGGGUAUUUCCAAUUCAGGGAAUGCUACUUGUAUUCCAGACCUUGACAUCUCUGAUAGCUCAGCUGUUAUCUCUUUCUGCCGCCAAUGGAAUGUGGGAUUGGUUGUUGUUGGACCAGAGGCACCUCUAGUUGCUGGCCUUGCAAAUGAUCUAGGGAAGGCUGGAAUCCUUACUUUUGGCCCAUCUGCAGAGGCUUCAGCUUUGGAAGGUUCAAAGAACUUUAUGAAGAGCUUGUGUGACAAAUAUGGAAUUCCAACUGCAAAGUACCAAACAUUUACAGAUCCAUCUGCUGCAAAGCAAUAUAUUCAGAACCAGGGAGCUCCUAUAGUUAUCAAAGCAGAUGGAUUGGCUGCUGGGAAAGGGGUUAUUGUUGCAAUGACACUGGAGGAGGCAUAUGAAGCUGUGGAUUCAAUGCUUGUGAAAGGUGCUUUUGGUUCUGCUGGUUGCCGUGUCAUCGCCGAGGAAUAUCUUGAAGGAGAAGAAGCAUCUUUCUUUGCACUGGUGGAUGGAGAGACCGCCAUUCCUUUGGAAUCUGCUCAGGACCAUAAGCGGGUUGGGGAUGGUGAUGUGGGACCUAAUACUGGUGGUAUGGGGGCAUACUCCCCUGCACCAGUGUUAACAAAAGAACUUCAGUCUUUGGUUAUGGAAAGUAUAAUUCUGCCAACAGUGAAAGGAAUGGCAGCAGAGGGUUGCAAGUUUGUUGGAGUUUUGUAUGCUGGGUUAAUGAUUGAGAAGAAGUCUGGCUUGCCUAAGCUAAUUGAAUACAAUGUACGGUUCGGAGAUCCGGAGUGCCAGGUACUAAUGGUUCGGUUAGAAUCUGAUCUGGCACAAGUUUUGCUCGCGGCAUGCAGAGGAGAGUUAAGAGGAGUAUCACUGAAUUGGUCUCCAGGGUCUGCCAUGGUGGUGGUAAUGGCAAGUAAAGGCUACCCCGGAUCCUACGAGAAGGGGACUGUGAUUAAAAACCUUGAAGAGGCCGAAAACGUUGCCCCAACAGUUCAGAUAUUUCACGCUGGAACUGCUCUGGAUGCAGAUGGCAACUUCAUUGCUACUGGGGGCCGCGUGCUUGGAGUUACAGCCAAGGGAAGUGAUCUUCAAGAGGCAAGGGAUAGAGCCUAUCAAGCAGUUGAGGAAAUCAACUGGCCGGGAGGAUUCUACCGGCGAGACAUUGGGUGGCGAGCACUUCCCCAGAAGCAGUUUGCUGCCAGAAAAUAAAUUAACAGUGAGCUAAUGGAUGUUUUUGCCCAUUGGAAAAAUAUGGACGCAUAUAGAUAUUCUGGGGAAGAGAAGUGGUGACCCAUCAAAGAGAUUACACUACAGAAAUCUUUUGUUUUCCAUUGAACUGAUAAAACGGUUGGUUGGUUGCCGUUUUUAUUUUCUUUUAACAUUAAAUAAUAAUAAAAUAAAAUAAAAAAGUGAGAUUUACCAUG